AAAUUGACACCCCGAUUGAGGGUUGGGGGGAAUUGAUCUGAGGGUGUUAUGCUGCCCGCAGGCCAACAGUUGCCCAUCCCUGAUUUUACUUGUGAAAACACUGCAUCAGCUAACUCACGUGCUUUUACGGGAAGACACGCCUCUGGUGGGCGUGCCUCAAGAGGUAAACACAAUGAGCUCAACCUUGCUUUCUCUCUAACCACGACCACAAAAUAGAUCAUUUAUCCGAUUUGAUUUGAAAGCUUUUAGUGUGUUUUCCUACAACCCGUGAAAGACCUGUCCACAAUGCGCAGCCCUCUUUGCGCCGCGGCACUUUUAUAUUUUCUGGUCUUUUCUUUAACAUUUUUUAUGAACAGUUGGCACCUCAGAGUUCAUAAAGUAAUAUUUUCAAAUGGAACUCUUCAGCAGGAUUUUGUUAUGGAGCGUAACGCGUUAGUUCAUGAACUCAAAGAAAGACGCAAGGAAAUCCUCCCUUUCCUCAUCUAUUCUGGGGUAGAGAGGUUGUUGGAUGAAUCCGUACAUUUUGCUCAACAUCAAUCAUUUGAAAGUAAUACAUUGGAUAUUAGUUUGGAGAAUGAGAGUGAAGUUUCCAUUGAAUCUAUUAGAACGAAUAAGGAUCAUAUUGGCUGUGAACAGCUUGCUGAUAUGAAAGCUGUGGAUAUCCUUGGUUCGGGUUAUACCAAAAUAGUGCUCAAAGUGGUGCUAUCGGAGGGACAUUCUGUCGCGUUGAAGACUGUGUACGACAAAGGAACUGACAUGGGCAGAUGUCUCGCGGAUUUUAAAGAUCCCUUGGGCUGUCACAAGCUCCUGUCUUUCAAACUGAAAAAAGAAAUAGUUUUGCUGCAGAGACUGCAACAUCCAAACAUCAUCAAGCUCAUAGGCCACUGUGAGGACAGUAAAGGGGCAGGUGGUAUCACAGCCAUCUUGGAGCAGGGCAUCCCACUGCAGAUGAUCCAGCUACUACAGAGCCCCUGGGAGGAACGCUUUCGGGUUUGUUUGGGCUUGGUGAGGCUCCUCCACUUCCUCUCCCACUCCCCUCUGGGCUCCGUGGCUCUGUUGGACUUCCAACCCCGUCAGUUCGUCAUGGUGUCUGGGGAGCUGAAACUAACAGACCUAGACGAUGCUAGUGUGACAGAGCCCACCUGUCAGACGGACCAGGACUGUGUCUUACAGUUCCCCCUCCGCAACUUCAGCCAGCCCUGCUCGGCCCAGGGAGUAUGUGAGGGCCUUAAUGAGAUGAGGAAUCUCUACAACGCCUACAGGUAUUUCUUCACCUACCUGUUGCCUCACCAAGCCCCAGCUUCUCUGAGACAUCUGGUGGAUCACAUCAUGAACUCAACGGGAGAGAUGAAAGGUGACGUGGAUGACACAUUGGAAGCCUUUGAAGACGUGCUCCAUCUGUACAAGUCCGGCAUUCACCUGGACAACAUGCCUCCAUCAUUAAUCAGAGAUUAUGCAGUCAUGAGAGGCAUCAGCACCUCUGGAAAUAUGGAAUCCAGAUGCUGGCCCUCGUACAACCACCAAGGCUGCAUGCUGUCGGUGCACAGCGCCAAGGAGGCGGCCUUCAUCUGUAACUCCCAUCCUCAGUGCACUAGCUUCAGCCUGAACAACCAGAGGACGUGGACAGGCCGGCUCCUUGCCUCAUUCCGAAGCGGUUUCAGCUAUCUGGUUCCAGAUGUGAACUCGGAGGUGUAUUUGAAAAAGACCAAAGCCUCACCGGGAACUACGGUAUAAGGAGUGAGACAACGGGAGUUGGGAAAAUGGGGGGGGAGGUUGUUUUUGAAGAAAAUAAAUUAAUGUGAUAUAUUUUAUAGGGCUUUUUCUCAGUGACUCGUUUGAUCUGGCUGCCAGAUUUUCCCUUCAGGUAUAAUUAUGAAGAAAUUGUGCCCUCUCUGUUCCCACCUCUGCCUUGUGUGUUGUGUUUGCGAGGCUACAUGGAGCCAAUGGUAAGACUCCAAGCCCCUCUCUGGGGGGGGGGGGGGGUGAAACAAACUCUUAUACAAAUACACUUUGAUGAUAAUGCGCCCUGUGGCUUACCGUAGGAAUACAGGUUUGUGCGUCGAGGGCAGCGAAUGGUAACAAGCAUAGAUAGAUAUAUAUAUAUAUAUAUCUAUCACAGCAGUCGGCCUAGAUGAUCACAACCAUUUCGUUCCCUCGUAAUGGUCUUUGAUUUGAAUGCCAAGUUAACUUAACUUGGCAUUCAAAUCAAAGACCAUAUGUGAUGCUAAAAUGGAAUUAUCAUUGCAUUGUUUGUGUUUUAUUUUGUACACCUUGUGGGUGUGAACCUGUAACUUUUUUUCAAUGAAAGAGAUUCUGUUCAAUGAUUA